AUGACCUCAAUUGGACGACUCGCCUGUUCCGCCGUCUCGGCUGUGAGCGAGAUUACUGUCGCUGCCGCAAGCCUCAACUUCGACUUUUCCUUAGUCAAAGUAGAGGCACCUCGAGAAUUUCACGAUUUAGGCCAAGUUCUAUCACACGGACGACGACGAGAAGCCGAAGAUGGGGCGUUACAUACCACGGCUAGGAGGCUGGCUGGUCUGUUCGGACCCUUGCUCGAACGGACGCCCGAUCUUUUCAAGGCCUACGGCACCAGGUCAUCUGAGAUUGUUUCCAAUAGAGAUGUUAACCCUGUAGGCUCAAAAGAAGACCAUGGUAUCUUUUUUGAACAGGUGGGAGCAGACUGCACUUCUAUAUGGGCUGCGGCAACUUCUGGCGAUUCGGCAGUUGCUAUGCAUCUGCUCGCCUGCAUGCUGGCCCGAAUCUGGGAGCCGGACGAGGCUAUUUCCGUUUGGGUCGACAUAGUUGCUGCACGCAAACUCGAAAUUCAAGCAGACGAAAGCCUUUGCGGCCUGGAGAAGCUGGUAUCAGAUGCGGCGGCAAGACAACAAAUCUCAAGGGAGCAACUAGCUCAAUGGGACACCAGCGCUCGGGCUUGGCUUCGAUGCGCAGAUGAGGCAAACGGCAUCAAGAAAAAGCAGACGCAACUGCUGCUUAUACUUAAGAAUAUCGCCAUAGCCGUCAACAGCAUAACCGACACCUACAAGAGUGUCAUGCAGGCGUGGAAGAGCGCAAUGGUACUAGUAGAGAACCUACUCCUGGGCCAGCCACAGGAAGUUCGCGAUGGCGCUAUCCUUCUUGGAUUAUCUGCUUGGCACCUUUAUCCGGAUCUUCUCGUGCUAGGGAAUACUGUUACUCAAGUUAAACAACGGGACACUCUGGUCGCGCCGGGUGGAAUCCUGACAGUGGGCUUAGCCGAGACUCAUUCUGACCAAGGACAUUGUGGUGUUUCUUGGUCGUUACCCCUGGCAUCCCUCAACUUUUACGGGGAUCCCAUUACAUCAACACAAACUUUGGACCCGGACACGUCUCGCCUGUCAAGUCGCGAUCUGUCCUAUGUAGGCCUGGGAAGUUUACUCUAUGAGUGGGAUUUGCCUAGCACCACCGUUUCCCAAGCAGUCGAGUGUCUCGUCGAGCUGUGGGCGUUUCUUUGUAGAAAUGUUGGAGGGCCAGCACAGUCUGAUUCACUUAGACUUCAGCCGUGGAAAUGGCUCAAAAUGCUAUGUAACGCGGCGAAGUCGUUCCUUGAUGCCCAGGGUGUGGAAAAGGAGCGAGCUUACCGGCUCCUCCAGUUUGGUCGACGCCGAGCUGAACAGUUUCUAAGCUAUGAUUCAGGCCUCAAAACAAACUUCCUUGGCCUCUUAGACUCGCGGGCUUUUAUCGGUUCGUUGCGGGACACUGAGACCAAGAUCUACUAUCUCCGCCAGUGGGCUAGCCGCAGUUUCUCAGACAAAGACACAGUUCUCCAGUACAAAGUCACAAAACCUGCUGCACUAUCAGAAAAGAGAUACAGGUAUUCGCAACAGAGCGCAGUAGUAGACGAUAUGGCAAAGCUACAAGAUUCGCUUCCAGAUGGCACGACGAGAUCAGAAGAGACUCAUGUGCACUUUGAGUAUGCAACCGCAAUAAAGACCAAAUCUCUAGCUUGUAAGCGAGACGCAAGAGGUGUUGAGUUACCAACCACAUGCCACAAGCGAUGGAUUGCCAUAGUCUCAGAGGACCCCGAGGCUUCAAGUUCUGGCGAGUGCAAUUGCAAAAAACACGAGCUAAACUUUUGCAACUGCAAAAGGCAUUUAUGCAGCUCAAUUUGGAAGACACAUAGUCCCGAGCCAGCAUUGACAGAGAACCGGGCAUCAAGUCUCUCACUUACAGGGGAAUCGAUUACGCUGGAGGAGCAAAGAGUCAUAUACAGCGAUCCGGCAUAUGAUUGCGAAUCUGUGAUUUGGCAUGGUUCACCACAUACCUAUAAUGACAGAGCGCGGCACUCGGCGAAAGGACAAAUUUAUAUUCUGUUGUGGGGGAAGCCAGGCGAUGCUGCCAUCUUCGUAAACAAGAAAGAGGAUAGGGGGGAUCUCAUGGGAAAUGAUACGCCCUCUAAAUUUCUUUCGCUAUGGACCUUGGCCUUGAAGAGCGAUGCAGUCCGUCCCGAAAUUCUUAACGGAAUUCUCGACGUUGCUAUGCGGGAGAACAAAGACUAUUUUACUGCUCUCGAUGCCCUAUCAAUCGCAUACGAGACCUUCGAAAACAUGCCGGGUGCGACGAUAGAUCCAAAAGUGGCAUCGCACCCACUAAAGGACUCGCAAUGGUACAUCUCUUAUGCCACGUCGCAACAUGUUGCUUAUGAACGGACUCGAGAAGAGGGUAGGAAGCAACCUGUCAUCCCAGGAAUGGCCUUGGAAGAGUGUUAUACCCCUGUCUGGCAAAUGCCAUUAACGCGGUGCGAGACCUUUGCAUGCAUUGCGUUCUUUGACACCGGGAACACUGACAUACAACCUGAUCAACUCGAAAGCGUUAUGGCUAUCUCAUGCGGAAACUCCAUUUACAUAGCCCUUCAACUGCUCAAGGAUCCCUCCAAGGUAGACACUCAACACCAAGUCAGACGAAUUGCUGGGAAUAUCGGCCAAGCAGGUAUAAGUUUUCUGGUUCCACCUGCUAAACCGAGAGUCAGAGCUAUUAACAACGAUUCGUGGCAAGUGAUCAACCACAAUAGCUUUGACGAACGACAAGAGAAUUCUUUUGGAGCUACUUCAUGUCACCUGUCCUUCACAAACUACCGUAUGCCAAUCGCGUUGCGACACCAAGUCCAUGGCCGACAAGACGUCGAGGCCUAUUUUAUCGAAACAGUGGCAUCCAUUUACGACUGUGGAAAAUGGGUUGGAGAUUUGGAUAUCCUUGGUUCUUUGGCUAGUAUGAAUCUGAUUAGGGUUGGCCACGAUGAAUCGUGUGUAGCUGAACCGACAACCUCAGCAGUCCUCAAUUGCCGAUUGACAUCAAUUGACAAUUGGGAAGAGUUUCUCGACCGACCAAAGAAUGCAGUUGUUGCACGGGCACACCGGAACUGGCUUGCGCGACUUGUACUGACGUCUUUUGCAAUUGAGAGAGGCUAUAAGGUCUUUGUCUUUCCAGAAUCUGUUUGUUGGAGUUGCUGCGCAAAAGCUCAUAUGAGCUUUGGAGAUUAUGAGGUUCUUAUUCUUUAG